AUGCAAAGUCCUGCCCGCAAGUGCACGGAGGCUGGGGCCGCGGCAAGGUGGCUGGAGGCCUGAGCACGGGAGCGGCUGCGGGUCCCUGCGGAGAAGCCCAGCCUUGGGGCGCUGUCCCCCCCCUCCGGAUGCUCCCCGCCCGCCUCCUUCGCCAAGCCCUCCCUCGGCCAGCCCCCAGCUUUGGGUACUCGACAGCUGGUCCCACCAUGGAGGAGAAGCCAGUGGAGUCGUCCAUUCGCACCAAGCUCCUGCAGGCCCUGCAGCCGGUGCACCUGGAGGUGCUCAACGAGAGCUCCAUGCACGCUGUGCCCCGGGGCUCCGAGACCCACUUCAAGGUGGUGAUCGCCAGCCCGCGCUUCGCCGGCCUGCCCCUGCUCCAGCGCCACCGGCUGGUGAAUGAGAUCCUCCAGGCGGAACUGGCCGGGCCCGUCCAUGCCCUCUCCAUCCAAGCCAAGACCCCCCAGCAGUGGGAAGAGAACCAGAGCGUGAGCCAGAGUCCAGGGUGCCUCGGGGGAUCCAAGCACGACCCGCAGAUGGCAACCAAACUGGGCAGUCAGGGGUGACCCUGAGGGGGGGGGGGGGGGGGCGCGGGACGGGAUUGGGUUGUGUUGUGUUGGCUCACUCCCCGGGGUGACUCUGAUGCUCACAUUGUGACCACGUCCAGAGCCUUGCAAAGCUGCCUAGUGCUGGAAGUGGGGACAUUCAGAGGCUGGGCUUGCACCACCAAUGCCAAGAGUCCACCAGGGUCAGCCCCAGACUCUGCCUGCCCCUUGCUCUUGGCCGCGGGUUAUCGGUUUCUCGGUUGGUCGUGUGAAAUAUCCCUGGCUCCUCUGCUUUCAUGGUAGCAGGAGGGUCGGGCUGGCGGGUCGGGCUGGCAGACCGGGCUCCUGAUGGGCGCGAACGCAUGUGUUCAUGGUAGUUGUGUCUGGAAAGCUGGGGGAGAUUUGGGAAGCCUUAUUUUUAAUGGAGACUGGGUGCCCGAAAUCUCUCCAGUGGCUUUAAAAAGCUCAGUGCCGUGCAUUUAAAGUGCGGGGGGGGGGGGGUCCUUGUGUUGUUAAUAAAGCUCUUGACUGAGCAAAGAACGGUUUCACACUGGAAAGCAAUGA